UCCACGUUUUCUGCACCACCACAUAAACUCUACUUGACAUUCAAAUUCACCACCCUCAACCUCACCUGACUCUCUCAAACUCAACCAGUAAUGGCUCCAAUGUCGUCGGCGUUCGAGCACGUGAAGGACAUGCACGACUCCUCUCUCAAGCCUCGCUUGCUUCACUCUCUCAUCCGAGACCACCUCCCCGACGAUAGCCUCCCCUCCUCUCGCACCUCCCUCGACCUCUCCGGCCUCGUCUACAUGAUCAAAACCCACUCCCUCCUCUCCGAGUCCGCUCUGGAUCCGACGGACCUCAAGCUCAUCGCUCCCUGGAGAUCCGCCGUUGAUUCCUGGCUCGACCGCUUGUUGCUCCUCGUCUCCAGCGACUUGCCAGAUAAAUGCUGGGGAGGAAUUUGUUUGCUAGGGGUGACGUGUCAGGAAUGCAGCUCUGAUCGUUUCGUGGCAUCAUACCCUCUUUGGUACCAGAGACUUUUAUCACCUCUUCAGUCCCCAACAACUUCUGAAUUCGUGAAGGUGGCCUCUUGUGCUUCAAUGUCAGAUCUCUUUACAAGAUUGGGUGGAUUUUCACGUGUUAAGAAAGAUGGAAGUGCCCAUGCAUGGAAACUCAUUCCAUCAGUUUUGAUGUUGUUAGAUGAUAAUCACUCAGAGGUUGUUUGGGAAGAAGCAGUUCGAUUGCUAUGCAUAUUCAUAUCUUUCUUUCCAAUUUCCAUCAGUCGUCAUUAUGACAGUGUUGAAGAUGCUAUUGCUUCCAAAAUUUUGUCCGGAAACUGUAGUUUCAGUAUGCUAAAGAAAUUUGCUCACUGCCUGGCAUUACUACCAAAAUCAAAAGGAGAUGAAGAAAGCUGGUCAUUAAUGAUGCAGAAAAUUUUAUUGUCAAUUAAUCGUCAUCUAAAUGAUAUUUUCCAGGGUUUUGAGGAAGAAACUAAACGUCAUGAAGGUAUUAGACUUUUUCUUCCUCCUGAGAAAGAUCCCCCUCCCCCUUUAGGAGGCAAUACAUUAACGGGAGAAGCCUCAGUGGAGGCAAGAAAGAAGUCUCAUAGUUCACUUGUCUCCAGCGUAUCUUCUCUGUUAUUAAGUUGCUCUACAAUGCUAACCAGUUCAUACCCUGUUCAGGUGACUGCUCCUAUUCACUCCUUAUUAGCGCUUAUUGAGAGAGUGAUGGAUGUGGACGGCUCCUUGUCACACUCCCUGCGGCUCUUUAUGACUGCCAUGCAGCAAGAGUUUGUUUGUUCGGAACUUCCACGCUUGCACUCGUAUACUUUGGACCUUCUUGCUGGAAUCUUUAAGGGCAUGCGCAGUCAAGUUUUACCGCAUGAUGCCCAUAUCGUGCGUUUGCUUUCAGUGUACUUAAAGAGAUGUGUGUUGCCGGAACUGAGGGUCAAGGUCUACUCAAUCACAAGGAUUUUGCUGAUAUCUGCGGGUGUCGGAGUGGCAGUAAGCCUUUCACAGGAAGUUGUGAACAGUGCUAUUCUUGAUUUAAAUCCCAUUAUUACGGAGAGUAGAGCCAGCACAAAGCCCCCAACUGAAGAAUCGCUGCAAACACCUCAGCCUACCAAUAGAAAGAGGAAGCAUGGAACUUCAAUGACAUCUCAAGAGGUGCAUAACCCAAGUAAUUUGGAGGUGGGAACCCCCAAGACUCAUACAAGAUGUUCAAUUGCUGUGCAAAUAGCUGCACUUGAGGCGUUAGAAGCUCUUCUGACUGUGGAUGGUGUAUUCAAAUCUGAAGGAUGGCGGUCAGAUGUUGAUCUUCUUCUUAUCAACACAGCUACAAAUUCUCUGAAAGGAGGACCUGCUGGUGAGAGUGCAAGCAUUUAUCAUCCAAAUGAACCUACUGAUGUUUCGUGUGAUAUACAGCUUGCAGCACUACGUGCACUUUUGGCAUCUUUUUUAUCUUCAUCUCUUGUCCGCCCCCCAUACUUAGCUCAGGGUCUUGAUCUAUUCCGUAGAGGCAAGCUUGAAAGUGGUACCGAACUUGCUGAAUUUUGUGCUCAUGCUCUCUUAGUCUUAGAGGUGCUUAUACAUCCCAGGGCGCUCCCACUGGCAGAUUUCUCCAACAUGACUAGCACUGAUGAAAGAGCUUGCUACAAGUACCCAGUAAAUUCCACAGUAGACAGUCUGAAGCACAGAGCCUCAUAUUCAACUGAUAUUCAGGGAACUGGGGAUAAUGCUCCUGAUUUAUUUCACGAUGAACUGUACUCAAGCUGGAUUGAAACCAGUAUAAAUACGGAAGCACCGGGGAAUAACCUAGGCAAGACUAUGCAUAUUGGAGAACCAUCCAAAACGCCAGCAGUUUAUGGCAAGCAAGUUCUUUCUGCAGACGGUUCAUUAGGCAAAGGAAAUAUAGCGGGAAGGGAGCAGGAGACUGUAGCAGCAAACAUUCAGAAUGUGGAUAUUAGAGGAAAUGGAGAUGAAACUAUGGGCGAACUUAUUGGUGAAGAAUCAUAUGGAAGGGCAAUGGAACUUCCUCCAUCAUAUCAAGCAUACGAGAUGACUAAUGAUUCGGAUUCAGACUCAAUUCCUGAUAUUGUGGAUAUCGAUCCAGAUUCUGAUUCUGAAUGAUUUCUGGUGUUGGCAUUACAGUUAUGUUCAUUUGAUAUUGUUGAAAGUUCUAGUUUACCAUGUUUCAUCUAUUCAAAGAAAAAAAGUCUUGUUGAUUUCCCAGUAUGCACAAAAAGGAUUUGAAGAAACUAAAGAACAGACUAACUUAU